GGUGGGAGGCGGAGACCCCGGCAUUCACGAGGCGGUGCGUCCAAGCGCCUGCUUCUGCCGCGGCUCAGGUGGGAGGGCCACGUGACACGUGCUUCCCCGCCGCGGACUCACGGUUCCGCCACCUACAGCGGUAAGUGGCCGGGCCUCGCCUGCCCACUCGACGCGGGACCCCCCACCCCCCCACCCCCCAGGUUCGUGUUUCCGGGAAGCAAGGAUGGAGAGCUGGCGGGGCCUCUUCUGUCUCGCGUGCCUGUGUUUGCUGACGCCCGCGCGAGGUCAAGGUGACUUUGAUUUGGCCGACGCCCUCGAUGACCCUGAGCCGACCAAGAAGCCAAGCUCAGGUAUCUACCCAAAGCCGAAGCCCCCGUACCCACCACGGCCUGCGAGUCCCGACCACCACGGGGGAGGUAUCUACCCACCGCCGAAGCCGCCGCCUCGCCCGCAGCCUGGCACUUACGACAGCAGCGGAGGUUUCCUGAGUGACAAGGACCUCGAUGACGGCCGCUACCCGCCCAGGCCCAGGCAGCCCGCAGGAGGAGGAGGCGGUGGCGGCUACUAUCCACAUCACGACGGCUACGGAGACACACACGACAGACCUCCUCUUGGCCUCGUCCUGCUCCCCGGGAGCCCAGUGGCGGCCGCCACACCCCUGUGUCCAGGAGGAGGGAGAUACAGACCCCGCUCCCGUGGGAGUAAUUAUGGUGGAGACGGCGCUUCCACGUACGGGAACCCGCAAGAACCAGAGACCGUCUGAGGUCUUCGAGACCCACGGGUCGCUUUGGGGACAUCCCUGUGCAGACAAGAACCCCGAUCGUCGCUCCCGUGGCAAGUUCCUUUCAUUCUCGGUGUUACCCGCUGCCCUGAGAGUUUUCUGUCUUGUUUAAAACAGUUGUGCUGCCUAACGAAAAAAAAAAUCCCUGAUUCCUUGGACAUAUUGAUGAAGAGACGUCAGACCACCGGACCUUGGGUCGUGAAAAGGUUCCUUGCUCUGUUGGUUCCAUCAUGAAUCUGGACAGAGAGGUGCUGACACUGGUCUGAGCACCCAGACAAUCUCACGGUGAAACCACAGGCAAGGGUGGGACCCCCUUGUCAUUUUCACAAAGCUUGAUGUCAACAGAAUGGCCGGGGGUCUGCUCCUAAAAGAUGCAGCAUUCUGCUGGGAUUUCCAAUGAGCUUGGGCGAGAAGCUUGGCCGGUGGUAAGUUCUUCAAGUUACGUCAGAACUUCGGGUGCAUUCAGCACGGCCGGUGAGGCGGGAGCCAAAGAUUUCUGACACUAACGGCAGAAUCUGAAUGUCUCUUGAUGUUCCCACGUGCUUGCACAGAAAAACUGUUAUUUCCUGCACAAGAUGAGGCUGGGUUUUUUUUUGGAAUUUUAAGUGCAAAAUCGCUGAUGUGGAAACUGUCUUGGGAAGGCAGGCUUGGGGUACUUUUUCCUGCGAAAUCAUAUAGUUUCAAUGUAUUUUUUUUUUGGAGGCCACGGGGAGAGAGCGAUGUGCAGGCAUUGACCCUUUCCUAUAAGUUUUGGUCUUUGCUCCUCUGUGGGUACCGGUUGUCAAGGCGAGGGUGGUUCGUUCCUUGGCGUACACUUUCCUUUUUACUCAUUUCCUCAAACAUCUAAAAAGUAUACCAGCUUUUUGCUUCUGUUUAAGUCACACUUUCGGGGAGAGGAUAAAUGCAUAGUUUGGGCAGAUGAGUGUCAUUUCAUUCAACUCAGGUUAAUGCUAAUAAAACUCUUAGACUUUCAAUAUCAGAACCAAAAAGGAAGAUGUUCCUUGGGGUCUGGAAGCCUUAAAGAGGGUGCACGGAAACCCCAGGAAUUGCACGCCUUGUGGGCUGCGAGCUAGGUCUCUGGAGAAAAGAGCUGGAAGCAGAACGUACUUGAAAGAGCGCCCCCCAGAUCAGAAAGAACCUAAGAGUAAUCAUCUCAGCGAGACGUCUCGGAACGGCGUGCCGCCUCCCGUCCUGGAUUCACGCAGAUUGGAGCCGCUUGAGGAAGGCCGGCGGUUCCCUGCUUCGAAGCGGACCUGCUACCGCGGUUCCCAACCCUUGUCAAGCCUUCUCGUGCGUGAGGCUUCCAAACUCCACGUUUCCCGUGCGCGAGUUUCAGUGGGCGUGUAAGUUCACCCUUUGUUAAAAAGUGUGUGUGUCCGUGUGUGUACGCACACCGCACACAGAGUCACACACACGUAUGCCUACACGGGAUUCCAACAUUUUUAAAGGUAACUCCGUACAUUGCCUGUAAUGGUCACAGACAACUUUUCGUCAUUUAAAAUACACGUAGGGG